UCUCUGUCUCAACUUUUUCUCUCCCUCCCUCCUCCUCCUCUGUGUUUUUUUUUAAAUGAUUUGGGGAGAAGAGGGGAACAAGCAUUCAGAGCUUGGCCGACGGUGCAGGCAGGAGCGUCACACGGGCAAACAGGAGUCUGAGGGGCAGCACACUGGGACUGAAGAGGACUGAAGAGGCUUGGGAUUUUUGUGUUUUGGAUCUGAUGCACUAGAAGAUUAAACGAUUGACCGACAGACAGACAGACAGAAGAAGCAGGAAGAAAGAAAAGAGAAAUUAUUUAGAGCUGCUGAAACAAUCACACUUACACUGACAGAGUGUACAAAAAGCAAAGAAAACUGCAGAUACACUGAAGAAAGAGGAGGUAGAGAAGCAGACUAAACAUUUUUCCAGACGGGACUGGAGUUUUCUUCCACUGGAGAGAAACUGAGGCACAUUUUGAAUGAAAAAAGGAAGACUCCUCAUCUUCAUCCAGCAAUGCUUUUGAGGAACUCUGCACUGAACUGUUGCUGUCAGCUGUCCUGGAGGCAGACGCAGGAGUAGAACACGUUCCCCUUCACUGAGAAGAGGAUCCACAUUGUCUUCUUUCCCUUCAAAACUCUUUGACAACUGCAGGUGUUGUUCUGACUUGUCACCAUGUUCUCUCAAAGCUUCUCUUUAAAACCAUCAUGGACUACUUGCCUUUUAAUCUUAUGCGCCCUGGAUGUAUGGAUCACCGCCUUGCCAGCCCAGCAAUCUCAACCCAAGCAGCAGUCCCGCCGGUCCAGGCAGAUGUCACCUUUAACCCCGUCCGCCUCCUCCUCGUCAGCCGGCAACCUGUCAGAGAGCGCUGAGAGCAAAGUGGAGCGCCUCGGCCAGGAGUUCAAGCGAAACGUCCGGGAGCUGCGAGAGAAGAGCUCCUGCUUGGACUUGGUCUUCCUGGUGGAUGAGUCGUCCAGCGUGGGGGCCAACAACUUCCUGAGCGAGCUGAGGUUCGUGCGCAAGAUGCUGUCCGAUUUCCCUGUCGCGCCAGAGAACACAAGGGUGGCUUUGGUCACUUUCUCGUCCAAGACGCACGUGGUGACGAGAGUGGACCACAUCACAGCACCCAAGUCGCACCAGCACAAGUGUUCCCUGUUCAACAAGGAGAUCCCUGCCAUCAACUACAGAGGAGGGGGCACCUACACGAAAGGAGCCUUCCAGAGAGCAGCGCAAAUCCUUCGUCACUCCCGCUCUAACGCCUCCAAGGCUAUUUUCCUGAUCACCGAUGGCUACUCGAACGGCGGGGACCCUCGGCCGGUGGCUGCAGCUCUGAGGGAACGUGGCGUUGAAAUCUUCACGUUGGGCAUCUGGCAGGGGAACAUCAGGGAGCUCCAUGACAUGGCCUCGCAGCCCAAAGAGCAGCACUGCUACUUUGUGCACAACUUUGCAGAGUUUGAAGCGCUGGCUCGACGAGCACUUCACGAAGACCUUCCAACAGGCGACUACAUCCAGGAGGAUCUGUCACGCUGCUCCUCUCUCUGCGAUGCCGGCAGGGAUUGCUGCGACCUGAUGGCCAGCUGUAAGUGCGGCACGCACACUGGACAGUACGACUGCAUCUGUGAGAAAGGAUACUACGGCAAGGGGCUGCAGCACGAGUGCACAGCCUGUCCACCCGGCACACACAAACCAGAAGGAACACCAGGAGGCCUGAGCACCUGUCUGCCCUGCCCCGACCCGCAGCACACCUCCCAGCCCGGCAGCACCUCCCUGACUGACUGCGUCUGCAAGCCGGGAUACAAGCAGAUAGGGAUGACCUGCCAGGUGGUGCUUUGCCCGGCACUGUCUCCUCCAGAAAACGGCUUCUUCGUUCAGAAUGUGUGUAACAACCACUACGAUGCAGCCUGUGGUGUUCGAUGCCAGCCGGAUUUUGACCUCCAGGGAACCAGCAUCAGACUGUGCCAGGCUGACGGCACCUGGUCGGGAACGCCAGCCAGCUGCAGAAUCCGCUCCUGCCCGCCUCUCUCUCGGCCCUCGCACGGCUUCCUCAGGUGCAGCGACGGCGGCGCCUCCUACAGGACAGAGUGUCAGGCGGGCUGCGAGCGGGGCUACAGGCUGGAGGGAGACUCCAAGCUCACCUGCCAGAACAACUCGCUGUGGAGUGGACCCCAACCUCGGUGUGUGGAGGUCCGCUGUCCCCCCAUCACCACCCUGAAGAACAUCAUGCUGUCGCCCCCUGCCUGCACCAAGAGGGCGGCGUCACCGGGCUCCGCUUGUCUGCUCACCUGUCGUCAAGGUUUCAGUCUCCAGGGGAACAGGAGGGCGGUGUGUUUGGGCUCUGGGAACUGGACAGCUAAUGUGUACAAAGCCGUCUGCACAGACACUGAGCAGCCAUGGAUUCAGUGCCCCGGGGAUAUUGUUGCAGAGACGGAUGAGCGCCGAGGUAUCGCCAAUAUCAGCUGGGACGUCCCGACUGCCACCGACAACUCUAAAGAAGAGGUGGCGGUGCAGGUGAAGCCGGUCUACACUCCCCCCGCUCUGUUCCCCAUCGGAAAAGAAACCAUCACCUACACAGCAACGGACCGCUCAGGGAACCAGGCCAACUGCUCCUUCACUGUCACCGUCAUCGAUACGGAGCCCCCGGUGAUUGACAGGUGCAGGUCCCCGCCCACGGUCCAGGCCACAGACACGGAGACGGCGGCGGUCGUUUGGGAGGUGCCGCAGUUUUCCGACAACUCAGGUGGUCGUCUCACAGUGAGCAGCAGCCACACUCCGGGCUCUCAGUUCCCUGUAGGAGAGACUCUGGUUCAGUACACGGCGACUGAUGCGGCGGGAAACAGCCGCACCUGCAACUUCACCGUCACCGUGCAAGGAACGACCUGUGACCAGCCGUAUGUCCCCGUAAACGGAGAGUUCAUCUGCUCCGAGGAAGAAGACGGUGUGAAUUGCACUCUUCUUUGUAAAGACGGCUACAGCUUCACUCAGGACGCCGUGCACAGCUAUUUCUGCGCCUACAAUGGCGUGUGGGAGCCGCCGUACACUGCGGACAGACCCGACUGCUCAGUUAACCGUAUAGCAAAUAACGGUUUGAAGCCCUUUGAGAUGCUGUUUAAGGCGUCCCGCUGUGACGAUGUGGACCUGGUCAAGUCAUUCACCGGGGAGUUAAACUCCAAACUGCAAGGCAUGCUCCCAAACAUUUGUAGCAGCGAUGACAUCACCUGCAAGCUGGAGGUCAUGUCACAGGGUCACUGUCUGGAGUACAACUACGACUAUGAGAACGGAUUUUCAAUUGCACCGGGAGGUUGGAGCAACAGCUGGGCUCCUCAGGGCGCUCAGGACUACGCAUACUUCGAGUCAGGCUUUGCUACAAGCAGCCGGCAGCUCUCCAGGCGGCAGCAGGAUGGCAGCGCGCAGCCACACCAACGCAGCAAGAGGCACCGCAAAAUCACAGGACCUACCAGAGACCAGAAGAUCCAGAUCUUUUUUAACAUCACAGCAAGCAUCCCUCUGCCCAUAUCAAGGAACGACUCAAUCGAAGUGGCCAAUCAGAAGAGACUCCUGCGGACUCUGGAGCAGCUGACCAACCGUCUGAAGCGGACGCUGGCCAAGCAGCCGCUGUCCAGUUUCAGCGUUUCGUCAGAGAUGAUCGUUGCUGAUCCCAAAUCUCUGGAGAGCAGGAAGGCGUUUCUGUCCUGCAGGCCGGGCUCUGUGCUCAAAGGGCGGAUGUGCGUCCAAUGUCCAGUGGGAACGUACUUCUCUCUGGAACAUAACGAGUGUGUGAGCUGCUGGCUGGGCUCCUUCCAGGACCAGGAGGGUCAGCUGGAGUGUAAGUCCUGCCCAGAGGGAACCUCCACGGCUUACCUGCACUCCCGCAGCGUCUCCGAGUGCAAAGGACAGUGUAAGCCCGGCAGUCACUCUCUGAAUGGCUUGGAGAUCUGCGAGUCUUGUCCACUUGGUCACUUCCAGCACGGUUACGGUGCCAGGGAGUGUCUGGUCUGUCCUGACGAUACAUCGACUGUCACCAGAGGAGCUGUGGAUGAGGAAGAGUGUGGAGUUCCGUGCUCCUCGGGUCAUUUCUCCCGCACCGGUCUGGUUCCCUGCUACCCUUGUCCCAGAGAUUACUACCAGCCUGAACACGGACGCUCAUACUGCCUCUCCUGCCCCUUCUAUGGAACCACCACAGUCACAGGGGCAACCACCAUACAGCACUGCUCCAGUUUUGGAUCCAGCUUUCUUCCUAAAGAGGAGAGUGUGACUGCUGCUCCAGAGGUGGAGGUCUACCAAGCCAGCAGCCAGGUUUUCCAUGAGUGCUUCCUGAAUCCCUGUCAGAAUAAGGGGACGUGUGAGGAGGUCGGGGCGGGAUACGUGUGCACCUGUAUGCCUGGAUUCACAGGUGCAAAGUGUGAGGUUGACAUUGAUGAGUGUGACUCUGCUCCGUGCCAGAACGGAGGCCUGUGUAAAGACGGCAUGGGAGACUUCCAGUGUCAGUGCAAGCCUGGAUUUCUCGGCUCUCUGUGUGAGGCGGAGGUGAACGAGUGUCUCUCCUCCCCGUGUCUGAAUGAAGGCGUGUGCGUGGACGAGGUCAACAAGUUCACCUGCAGCUGUGCGGACGGAUUCACAGGAUCUCGCUGUGAGCUGGAAAUAAACGAGUGUCUCUCCAACCCCUGUAUGAACGGAGGUGUGUGCGAGGACCUGACGGGCGGCUACACGUGUAACUGUGUCGUCGGCUUCUCAGGGGAUAGCUGCGAAGUCAACAUCGAUGAAUGUUACAGCGCCCCCUGUCUGAACGGAGGCUCAUGUUUGGACGCUGUUAACGAUUACAGAUGUCAGUGCGUGGAGGGUUUCCGUGGUCGUCUGUGCGAGGUGGACGUGGACGAGUGCGAUCCGAACCCAUGUGUGAACGGGGCCAGCUGCCUGGAUGGUCUGGGCUCCUUCACCUGCCGCUGCCUCCCUGGGUUCAACGGAACCAGGUGUGAGACAGAGAUGUCCCCCGCCUUCAACCUGGACUUUGAGGUUUCUGGCAUCCACGGUUACGUAAUGAUGGACGGCGUGAUGCCAGCGCUGACGGAGAUCACCUGCACUUUCUGGAUGAGGUCAUCAGAUACCACCAACUAUGGCACGCCUGUGUCCUACGCCGUGGAGGGGAGCGACAACGCGUUCCUUCUCAUAGACUACAACGGCUGGGUGCUGUAUGUAAACGGUAAAGAGCGGAUCACAGACUGCCCCGCGGUGAACACAGGUCUGUGGUACCACAUCGGAGUCUCCUGGAGGAGCUGGGACGGGGACUGGAGGAUCUACAUCAACGGGAAGCCCUCAGACGGAGGCAAAGGCCUGUCAGUCGGCACCACCAUCCCAGGUGGAGGAGCUCUGGUGUUAGGUCAAGACCAGGAUCAGAGAGGCGAGGGCUUCAACCCUGUAGAAUCAUUCGUCGGCUCCAUGAGUCAACUCAACAUCUGGGACCGAGUCCUCACACCUCAACAGAUCAAAGUCCUGGCCAGCAGCUGUCCAGCCUCGCAUGUGACCCACAGAGGGAACGUCCUAGCCUGGCCAGACUUCCUCAGCGGGGUGGUGGGAAGAGUCAAAGUCAACCACAACAGUAUUUUUUGCGCUGAUUGCCCAAAGCUGGAGAACGCCGUUCCCCACCUGCACGCCUCCACCGUGGAGGUGAGCCCCGGGGCGCAGGUCCAGCUGUCCUGUGAUCCCGGCUUCUACCUCCUGGGGGAGCCGGUGCUGCAGUGCCAAAACAGAGGAGAGUGGAGUCAUCCUCUGCCCAGCUGUGAACGAGUGUCCUGUGGGCCUCCUCAUCCUCUGGAGAACGGUUUGUUUCAGGGGACAGACUUCCAUGCAGGCAGCUCUUUGGUCUACCAGUGUAACGCUGGUUUUUACCUGCUGGGAGACACUAAUGUUCACUGCAGCAACAGCGGCAAGUGGGGAGGAAAUUCACCGGCCUGUCUGGAUGUGGAUGAGUGCGCUCUUGGAUCUGACUGUGACGAACACGCCAGUUGUCAGAAUACAGAAGGCUCCUACAUCUGCACCUGUGUCCAACCAUACAGCGGAGAUGGCAAAAACUGCACAGAGCCGGUCAAGUGCCAGCACCCCGGGACUCCUGAGUUUGGUCACAUAGACAGAAGCAAAUUCCCGAUGGGCGUUGAGGUUGGGUUCAGUUGUGACGACGGUUAUGAACUCAUCGGAUCAACCCGCCUCCACUGCCUGGAGACAGGGACCUGGGAUGGAUCGUCACCGUACUGCAGAGCUCUCUCCUGCCCGGCGCCAGUCGCUCCUGAGAACUCCAUCCUGACAGGAAAUAACUUCACCUAUGGAAGCAAGGUGACUUUCAGCUGUAUGAUGGGCUUCCUGCCUCAAGUCACAUAUGAGUUCCAGUGUCUCGCUGGAAUGACGUGGAGCGGGACCCCUCCCAUGUGUCACCCAGUGACCUGCGGGGAUCCUCAUAAUGUCAGGGAUGCUUUCUACACCCUCAUCACAGACACAUACCAGUCCACUGUCACAUACACCUGUGCCAAAGGAUACAGACCACAGGGCUCCGUGGAGGUGGUCUGUGAGGCAACAGGGGAGUGGAGCAAGCCUGUCUUUCGCUGUGUGAACGUCCUGUGCAGCGAGCCUCCGACCCUGAGAGACGCCGUGACCAUAGGGGAAAACUAUGAGCUGGGAAACAAGGUGCACUAUGUCUGCAAAGAAGGCUACACUCUGAUUGGUCCAGAGACCAGAGAAUGUCUGCCAACCGGGGAAUGGAGUGACAGCUCUGCUCAGUGCGUCCCUCGCUCCUGUGGCCCCCCACCUGCCAUCGACCACGCCGAGCCGUAUGAGAGCCACCAGCUGUUUGGAGACACCGCAAACUACUACUGCACGGACGGAUACACAUCUGGAAACAACUCCAAGAUGGUGUGUAACGCUCAGGGUGUGUGGGCGCCCCCUGAUGGCAUGUUGGCUCCUCGCUGCAUUGCAAACUUCUGCCUCCGUCCACCUGAGCUGUCACAUGCGAUUUUAGACUCUGUCAACAAACCCAAAUAUUCCAGCAACACUGAAGUGAACUAUAAAUGUGAGGAGGGGUUCAUGCUGAACACCACAGCCACACUCAGAUGUCUAAUGGGCGGGGAGUGGGAGCCUUCGCCAUAUGAUAUCGGAUGUGCGCCUGUGAGGUGCUCCAGGCCUGAGAGCAUUAAUCGGGGCUACGUGAGCGGGACAAACUACAGUUUUGGAGCCGUGGUGGCGUACAGCUGCGAUAAAGGCUUCCUGAUCCGAGGGGAAAAGAGGAGGACCUGCAAGGCCAAUGGAGAGUGGGGAGGAGUUCUGCCUACCUGUGUGCCUGUUUCCUGCUCCCAACCUCCUGCACUCAAGAACGGAUACAUCCAGGUCAGAGCUAGAUUCACCUUCAACAAUAAAGUGACAUAUGCCUGUAAUGCAGGAUACAGGCUGAUCGGUCGCCCAGAGCGGGUUUGCCAAGCCAACCGGCACUGGUCCAACAAUGACCCUCCCACCUGUGUCCUUCUAACUUGCGAUCCCCCGCCUGAUGUCGUUCAUGGACUCUACAAGGGCUCUGACUUCCAGGUUGGGCGAAAAGUUCAGUAUGUCUGUGACGAAGGCUAUGAGCUGGUUGGGGAGGCAACAUGGACCUGUUUAAAGUUUGGACGUUGGGACAAACAAAGGCGUCCUCGCUGCUCACCAGUGCAGUGUCCAGAGCCACCACUGGAGGAGAACCACCUGGUCCUGAAGGGUCUGGAUUCUGAAUCAGGAACUGUGGAAUUAUCCUGUGAGGAUGGCUAUGUCCUGGAGGGGGCCCAGAUCCUGCGCUGUACCCCUUCUCAGGAGUGGAACGACACUUUUCCAGUAUGCAAGCAGGUGUUCUGCGGCCCACUGCCUGAAGUGUCAUUUGGUGGCCCUACCUCAUCCUCCAUCCCGUUCCCUUUUGGCUCAAUGGUGAGCUACACCUGCAUGGACGGCUUCACUCUGAGAAGAGAGGGCUCAGUGUCCUGUCAAGCCAAUGGGCAGUGGAGCAGUCCUCACCCAGAGUGUAUUCCAGUGGAAUGCCCUCAGCCUGUGGAGGUUCCUAAUGGUAUCGUAGAUGUCCAGGGUCUGAUGUACCUCAGCAAAGCGCUGUACAGCUGUAAGACUGGAUAUAACUUAGCUGGAAAUUCUACCAUCCUCUGUGGAGAGAAAGGACUCUGGAUUGGAGGAGUUCCUUCCUGUCGCCCAAUCGAAUGCUCGCUCCCUAAACAGAUAGCUAACGGUAAAGUAGUAUACACAAAACUCCAGUUUGGUCACAGUGUCUCCUACUUCUGCCGCCGUGGUUACCGUCUUAAAGGCCCAGAGACUCUCACGUGCCUCGCCAGUGGGGAGUGGAACAUCCAGCCACCCGUUUGUGUGCAGAUAUCCUGCACGCCACCCCAACCGAUCGAAAACGGGUUUGUAGAGGGGCAGGAUCACAGCUUUGGUGUCACUAUUUUUUACAGCUGCUUCCCUGGCUUCCAGCUCGCCGGCCAGGACCAUCUGACCUGCGAGGAGUUUGGUUGGUCUAGUUCUGUCCCAAUCUGUAUCCCCUCAGACUGUGGCCUGCCUCCUCAUAUUGACUUUGGAGAAUACGUUAGGGUGACAGAGCUUGAAAGACGCUCUGAAGCUGCUUCUAAAGACACUGGAUCAUUAGCCUCGCCAAUGGACUUGAGCUUCCUUCACACAACAUUAAUUGAGUACCGUUGCCACAAGGGCUACGACCUCACAACCCCCACCAGGCUGGUUUGUCAGGAGGAUGGAGGCUGGAAUGGCACAGCUCCAGCUUGUGUCCCAGCAGAGUGUGAAACCCCACCGAGUCCAGACCACGGCUGGGUGAACGUGACCGACACCCCUCUUGGCAGUGCGGUCAAGUAUUCUUGUGAGGAAGGAUACAAGCUGGAGGGGGAGUCUGUGCGGGAGUGUGUUUCAGGUCGACUGUGGACUAAGGAGGCCCCCGUCUGUAACCCUGUUUCCUGCGGUGACCCGGGUGCUUUCAUUUACGGCACAGUUCAUGGAGGUACUUUUGAGUUUCCUGAGGUCCUCCAUUAUGAGUGUAGUCCUGGAUUUGUGUUGAAGGGUAAUGACACUAUUACCUGCCAGGUUGAUGGGAAGUGGAAUGGACAGAAACCGUCUUGUGAGCGGGUGUCUUGUGGUCCUCCCAAAGUCCCCAAAGAUGUUACUUUUAAAGGAGGCGAUUUUAGCUAUAAUAACAAGAUAGAACUGAGCUGUCAGCCUGGUUUCCAUCUGAAAGAGAAAUCUAUAAGUGUUUGCCAGGCUGAUGGUACCUGGAGCCAUGAGACUCUUACCUGUUUACUUGCCCACUGUGGCAAACCAAUACCAAUCCCUAAUGGACGGGUGUUGGGGACAGAGUUUGGCUUUAACAGCAAGGUAAAGUAUGAAUGUGAUGAGGGAUACACACUUAAUGGAGAUCCCACACUUACUUGUCAAUCUGAGGGACUUUGGGAUAAACCUGCACCCCGCUGUGAUGUCAUAAGUUGUGAUCCACCUGAGGACAUCAGUCACGGCUUCCUGAACGGCUCAAGCUUCAACUACGACGACGUGGUGGAGUAUGUUUGCUUCGAUGGUUACGAAGUCGUCGGGGAUCCAGUACUGAAGUGCUCUGAUCAAGGCACUUGGGUAGGCACCGUGCCUCAAUGUCACCCCUGCGUCUGUGCCCUCCCCACACUGAAAUCCGGCGUGGUUGUAGGACAAGACCGAUCCUGCGGGGACCGGGUGAGCUUCCAGUGCGAUGAUGGCUACAGGCUGCUGGGACCCUCUGAGGCAGUGUGUGAAAAAGGAGGCGUGUGGAGCCCCGGCGUACCUGUGUGUGGACGGGGAAGGUGCACUGCUGUCCCGCCUGCAGUUACUAAUGCUGUCCUGCAGGGAAGUGCCACCUUUCAAGACACAGUGAUAUACAGGUGUCGGCCGGGGUACCAGGUCAAAGGGUACCCACAACUCUCCUGUGGACGAGACGGCAGGUGGAGUGAACCAAGGAUCAGCUGUGAGCCUUUGAACUGUGGGAAACCUCCGACUGUAGACAACGCUCAGGUUGUGGGAGACACCUUCACCUUCCCAAACCAAGUCUCAUACAGAUGUGUGGAAGGGUAUCAGUUGGCCUCACAGACAGACUCCCUCUCCUGCCAGAGUGACGGCACAUGGUCCAAACACAGCGUUCGAUGCCGUCCAGGCCCCUGCCUGCUGCCCACCAACUUCACCAUCCCACACCUGGUCCUGACGGGGAAGGAGCUCACGCCUGUCGGGGGGACUGUCACACUGUCCUGCCCUCCUGGCCUCUACCUGCAGGGGUCGGCAUUAGCUGAGUGUCAGCUGGGUGGAACCUGGUCACCAAGCUUCUCCUCUGCUUCCUGCAAACUUGUGGUUUGUGAAAAACCCCCUCCUCUUCUCCACGGUGUGACGGAGGGCGAAAGCUACAACUACGGGGACUUUGUCAUGUACUCAUGCCUGCCAGGCUUUGGCAUGAAGGGAGACUCUAUCCAGACCUGCCAGGGAGACAGAGCCUGGAGCGGCACCCAGCCACUGUGUGUUGCCCAUUCCUGUGGACCUCCUCCCACUGUGAGUAAUGCCCUGGCUCAGACAACAGGAGAGACUCACCUUCACAAUGCCAGCUAUGUGUGUAAUGUAGGCCUGCAGCUAGUCGGCCCAAAGACUCUCACCUGUCUGUCCAACGGCACGUGGAGCCUCCCAGUGCCCACAUGUGAAGUGGCCAGAGGCUGCAUCAGCCCCAAACAGAUAAUGAAUGGUAAAUUGCAAGAGCGCAACCUGAACACAGGACGAGCCGUGGAGUUCCAGUGCGACAAAGGCUACAACCUGGUGGGAGAUUCUCUGGUGAUGUGCAUGGGGGGCAACACCUGGAGCUCCACGUUCCCCACAUGUCAACCAGCCAAGUUCUGUCCGGCUCCUCCAGGCUUGAGGGCGCGGCGCAGCGGGAACAGAACCCAGCAGGCGUUUUAUGUCGGGCAGUCGGUCAGGAUCGUCUGCCCCAAAGGUCAGCAGGUCAGAGGCAGCGGCACCAUCAUCUGCAGGCCCGACCAGACCUGGAGUCCCAUCAGCUCUGUGUGUGAAAGGGUGUCCUGUGGCCCCCCUCUCCACGUUGCCAACGGGGUGGUACGGGGGGCGGUGUUCCAGUUCGGAGACGUGGCGGCGUACUCGUGUUUUGGUGGCUACGUCAUGGAGGGUGUCGGGAGGAGCAGGUGUCUGGAGAACGGCACCUGGACGCCGCCUCCCACAUGCAGAGCUGUGUGUUGGUUGCAUUGCCAGAACGGAGGUGUGUGUCAGCGGCCCAACACUUGCGCCUGCCCUGAAGGCUGGAUGGGUCGAGUCUGUGAGGAGCCUAUCUGCAUCCUGCCGUGCCUGAAUGGCGGGCGUUGCGUGGCACCCUACCAAUGCGAGUGUCCCAGCGGGUGGACGGGGACACGCUGUCACAGUGCUGUGUGUUCUUCGCCUUGUCUGAAUGGAGGACGAUGCAUCAGGCCUAACAGAUGUCACUGCAGUGCAGGGUGGAGCGGACACGACUGCUCCAGGAAAAGGAAACCGGGAUACUAUCACUUCUGAAACAUCUCCACGUGAAUCGUCUCAUGAAGGGAAAUCUUGUACAUUUAACUGACUCACUUGUAAACCAUUCACUCUCAUCUCUCUGCAAAAGGCAAAGCAAGAACCAGUUUGUAAAAUAAAGCUGUAUUUUUUCAUAUAGAGACUCGAACAGUAUUAAACGUAUGCUGCUAUAUACUUGUACGAUGUGUAAAAACUAUUGAUGUGAUUGUCUGAUGUAUAUGUGUAAACUAUUCUCACAUUUUUAUUAAAGCAUAAAAUACCUUUA